UUUGCUGCAAGUGUAGUGAACGCUGAAGAAGUCACCGACUUUAGCAUGUGCCGGAAUGCUAGAUGUGAAGUAUAUGAUCUGUUUAUUGAACCAUGCCCCGAAGCUUUGAACCACCAACCAUGUGAAAUACCACAAAACAUUACUGCGUCUAUUAAAUUUAAAUAUGUAGCUGGAUUCGAUUCGAAAACACCAAAGACAAGACUAUACGCUGUAACUGCUGGUAUGGACAUACCUUUUAAGGACAUGGAUCCGAACGCAUGCUUAUAUACAAAUUGCCCCAUAAUGAUGAACGUUGAACAGGACUGGUUGUACAAUUUAUACAUAUCCACAGACUAUCCUAAGGAUAGUUACACAGUUAAGUUGAAGUUUUGGGAUGAUGGACCUAAUGCCAAUCGGAAGGACGUAUGCUGCUUUAAAUUCGACAUUAAGAUUGUUUAACGGAAAUGGAAAAUACUUGCAGCUACCUAUAGGUACAUAAUAAUUAUAUAUAUAAUGUAUUGACGCAACUGCCUUAACUUCAAAGAAUAAAAGUCUAUAAUAUGCAGUACCUAUAACCUGCAUAUAGCAGCAUGUAUAACAAUUUAUAAACAAAAUUAUAUUAAUUAUAAUAUUAUAGUAAAAAAAAUAAUAUUAUCUAUUAAUA